GCAUUCAUCCCCCCCGCCGCCCCGCGCCACCGAACCGAACGAAUGAACACCACCACGGCGCCACCCACACCCACCGCCUCACGCACUUCGCCUUCCGCAACUCCUCCCCCAGCUCAGCUCCCCCUCCCAUUCCACCGCGUUCUCACCACCCCACCGCCACCGCGGCUUCGCCCGCAGCCCCGCACCCAACCCUACCGCCCCCAUGGUGUCCGCCGCCAUGUCCGAGGACGACGCCGACCCGCCGCCCCCACCUCCGCCGGCGCAGUUCCCGCCUCCUCGCCGCCCGCACAAGAAGCUCCAGCCGCGGGGGUACCAGGUGGAGGUGUUCGCGGCGGCGCUGCGCGGGAACACCAUCGCGGUGCUCGACACUGGCUCCGGGAAGACCAUGGUCGCCGUCAUGCUGGCGCGUGAGCUCGCCCGCCGCGCGCGCGCCGGGGACGCCCCGCGCCGGAUCGUGGUGUUCCUCGCGCCCACCGUGCACCUCGUCCACCAGCAAUUCGAGGUGAUUCGGGAGUACACGGACCUCGACGCGGUGGAGUGCCAUGGGGCAUCAGGGGUCGGUGAGUGGAGCGCUCGUCAGUGGAAGGAGGCAAUCGGGACUAAGGAGAUUGUUGUUAUGACGCCACAGAUAUUGUUGGAUGCUCUGAGGCAUGCUUUUCUAACAAUGGAUGUGAUGAGCUUGCUAAUAUUUGAUGAAUGUCAUCGUGCUUGUGGAAACCAUCCCUACUCACAAAUAAUGAAGGAGUUUUACGCUGAUUCUGAGUGGAGGCCAGCAGUAUUUGGAAUGACGGCAUCUCCCAUUGCUACAAAAGGAGCUUCUACCAUAGAAGAUUGUGAAGCACAGGUCGUUCAACUUGAACUGAUAUUGGAUGCAAAGGUAUAUGUUGUUGAAGAUAGGAAUGAGAUUGAGAGCUUUUCACCUGGUGCAACAAUUGUAAAUAAAUACUAUGAUCCUUACUUGUUUGAUUUGGAUAAAUUGGAAUCUAAGUUACAGAUACUGUACGAGAAGUUUGAUGGUUUGUUGGUUAAUCUACAAGAAUCAUCCUCUAAUAAAUUUGAAGACACUGAUUGUAUCUUGGAGAUGUCAAGAAAGAGCUUGUCCAGGUACCAUGGGAAGAUAUUGUAUGGACUAAAUACUCUUGGUCCCAUUGUUACCUUGGAGGUGGUGAAAAUAUAUAAUGAAAGCAUCAAUACAGUUGGUGAUUCUGAAGGUUGCCACUUUUCUAAAGCUAGCCUGAACUUACAGGUGUCCUAUUUUAAAGAAGCUUUGUUUUUGAUAGAGGAAAUUCUGCCACAGGGUUAUGAGGAACUGAUGAAAUUAGAAUCUGGUUCUGAGGAACUAACUAAGAGGGGAUAUAUUUCUUCUAAAGUGGAGACACUGAUCAACAUUUUCAAAUCAUUUGGCUCAUCAGAGGAAGUCCUUUGCCUGAUUUUUGUAGAAAGAAUUAUGACAGCCAAAGCUGUUGAAAGGUUUAUGAGAGGAAUUGUGAACUUCUUUCAUUUUUCAAUUUCUUACUUAACUGGAGGGAGUACAUCAAAAGAUGCUUUGAGCCCAGCAGUACAGAGAUUUACUUUGGAUUUGUUCCGAGCUGGGAAGGUGAAUUUGCUUUUCACAACAGAUGUUACUGAAGAGGGCAUCGACGUACCUAACUGUUCUUGUGUGAUACGCUUUGACCUUCCGAGAACUGUUUGUAGCUAUGUCCAGUCUCGUGGGCGUGCCAGAAGAAGCAGUUCGAGUUAUGUUCUUAUGAUUGAGAGGGGAAACUUGGCGCAGCAGGAACAUAUAUUUCGUAUAAUAAGAACUGAAUACUAUGUUAAAAACUUCGCACUGCAUAAACCGCCCAAUAUUCCAUCACAUGAUGUGCCUCUCGAAGAGAAGUACAUAUACCAUGUUGACUCAACAGGAGCGACUAUCACCGCAGGCUGCUGUGUCAAUCUAAUUUAUAAAUAUUGUGAGAAGUUACCUAAAGAUAGGUAUUACAUGCCAAAGCCUUCAUUUGAUGUGGCUCUCAAAGAUGGGUCAUAUCAAUGUACCUUGAUAAUGCCUCCCAAUGCUGCAUUUCGAACUAUAGUUGGACCUCCAAGCAGUACAUGUAAUUUAGCUAACCAGCUAGUAUCCCUUGAGGCAUGCAAGAAAUUGCACCAGCUGGGAGAAUUCAAUGAUCAUCUAGUACCCUUGACUGAAGAACCUACUAAUAUUGAUACAGCUGUAACAGAUGGAAAAUGUCUUUCUGGACCAGGAACAACUAAACGAAAGGAGCUUCACGGAACUAUAAAUGUUCACGGUCUAUCUGGAAAUUGGAUCCAUGAAAGUGAAACUGUCACUCUGAAUACUUACAGAUUUGAUUUUGUUUGUGAUCAAGAAGAUGAAGUCUAUGCUGGGUUCGUUCUCUUAAUGGAAUCAGCACUUGAUGAUGAUGUGGCCAAUUCAAAAAUAAAUCUCUUCCUUAUACCUAAUAAGAUGGUCUACACCACUGUAACUCCUUGUGGAAAAAUUCAACUGAACAAAGAGCAGCUGCGUAAAGGAAAAUUAUUCCAAGAAUUCUUCUUCAACGGUAUAUUUGGUAAAUUAUUUCAUGGUUCCCGAAUGAGUGGACUACAAAGGGAAUUUAUUUUUAGAAAAGGCUAUGAAAUACAAUGGAGCUCAGACAACAUGUACUUACUUUUGCCUUUGAGGCAUACCUCCCAUGUACAGUGUGAUCUAAACAUACAGUGGGAAGCUGUUGCAUCUUGCUCUGAUGCAGUGAAGCAUUUGAGAAAUUUGUAUCUGGAAGACGGGAAUCUCAAUUAUGAAAAUUUAAGUCCAAAUAAAAGAAACAAGGGAGAAGAAAUCAUUCAUCUGGCGAACAGAUCUCUUCAUUUUUCCAGUGUCAAAAAUUCAGUUGUGCUAUCUCUUCACACUGGGAGGAUUUAUUCUGUUCUCGACUUGAUUUUAGACACAACUGCAGACGAUUCAUUCGAUGAGAUGUAUAAUGGGAAAGCUUCGCCAUUUGCUUCAUUCGUGGACUACUACCAUCAAAAGUACGGUAUUGUUAUUCAACACCCAGGGCAACCUUUGUUGCUGUUAAAGCAAAGCCACAAUGCACACAAUCUACUUUUCUCAAAAUUGAAGUAUCUAGAUGGUUCAACUGGCAAUCCUCUGCUCUUGGAGAAAGAGCAAAUUCAUGCCCGAGUCCCACCUGAACUACUCAUCCACAUUGAUGUCACAACUGAUAUUCUUAAAUCAUUUUAUUUACUCCCUUCUGUAAUGCAUCGGCUUCAGUCUUUAAUGCUAGCGAGCCAGCUUCGCAGUGACAUUGGUUACACUCUACACAUACCGAGUAGUCUGAUAUUGGAAGCUAUCACAACUUUAAGGUGCUGCGAGACAUUUUCUCUUGAGCGACUGGAGUUAUUAGGAGAUUCGGUACUGAAAUAUGUAAUAGGAUGUGACCUGUUCCUAAGGUAUCCAAUGAAACAUGAAGGUCAUCUCUCUGAUAUGAGAUCCACAGCCGUAUGCAAUGCGACAUUGCAUAAACAUGGAAUAUGGCGAUCCUUGCAGGGUUAUGUACGUGAUAGUGCAUUCGACCCACGUCGUUGGGUUGCCCCUGGACAGAUAUCAUUGCGUCCUUUUCCUUGUACCUGUGGAGUUGAGACUGCAUCUGUGCCUUUUUGUGGAAGAUAUAUCAGUGACGAUCCAUCGUUUGUCGUGGGAAAACCAUGUGACAGAGGUCACAGAUGGAUAUGCUCGAAAACACUAUCUGAUUGUGUUGAAGCGCUAGUUGGAGCAUAUUAUGUUGGUGGUGGCAUCACUGCUGCACUUUGGGUUAUGCGGUGGUUUGGUAUUGAUAUCAGAUGUGAUAUGAAUCUAGUGCAGAAAGUGAAAUCUAAUGCAUCUCAUCUCUGCUAUUUAUCAAAAUUGAAAGAUAUUGAGGAACUGGAAGCAAAACUGAAGUACAACUUCUCAGUCAAGAGCCUUCUGCUUGAAGCCAUAACACAUCCAUCUCUGCAGGAAUUAGGGGUCGACUAUUGUUACCAGCGGCUGGAAUUUCUUGGUGAUUCUGUGCUGGACCUACUAAUCACACGGCAUCUCUAUGCUUCCCACACUGAUGUUGAUCCUGGAGAAUUAACAGACUUACGUUCCGCUUUGGUUAGUAAUGAAAAUUUUGCACAAGCAGUUGUCAGAAACAACAUUCAUAAUCAUCUACAGCAUGGAUCUGGAAUACUUUUGGAGCAAAUAACAGAGUAUCUCAGGUUCAGUUUCGAGUGCACCAGGAACGAGAAUGAAUUCCUUCAACAAGCUACAUGCAAAGUACCCAAGGUUCUUGGAGACAUCAUGGAAAGUAUUACUGGUGCAAUAUUUAUAGAUGUAAAUUUUAAUGUUGAUAUGGUUUGGAAGAUUGUUGAGCCGUUGCUUUCUCCAAUGAUUACCCCUGAUAAGCUUGCGUUGCCACCUUAUCGUGAGUUGCUGGAGUUAUGUAGCCACCUUGGUUGCUUCAUAAAUUCAAAAUGUACCAGUAAAGGAGAAGAAUUAAUUAUAGAGAUGACGGUGCAGUUACGAGAUGAACUGCUGAUAGCACAAGGGCAUGACAGAAAUAGGAAGAGUGCAAAUGCAAAGGCAGCAGCCCGAAUUCUGGUCCACCUGAAGAAAAGGGGUCUUUCACUUAAACAAUGUUUAUCUAAGGCUAAGCAAUUGGAUACUGUCUCUUCAGAACUGCAAUCUCAAUUGACAAGUUUGGAAACACGACUUGGUUAUCCUGAUGUGGAUGGCCGUCUUAGCCUAGAAGGUCUUUCCUCAGUGGGAGAAACAGUUGUUCUUCCUCUCAAAAUGGAUAAAGGUGGACCUCGGACUGCACUUUUUAGGCUAUGCAAGAUUUUGCAGUGGCCAAUACCGAAAUUUGAAUUUGUGGAACAAAGGUUUAGGACUCCUAUUAUUCUGGAUGGGGUUACAACUACAAACUUCAAUAGCUUUGUUUCAACCAUCACCUUGCACAUACCUGAUGUGACAGUCAUUACGCUUCAAGGUGAUCAACGAACUGACAAAAAGAGUUCUCAGGAUUCAGCAUCGUUGAUAAUGCUCGAGAAGCUCCAAGAACUCAAGGUCUGCAUAUGCAAGAUGCAGCAGCAAAGCGGCAUGGAUCACAUCAGUUAAGUUAACAUGGGCGCGUGUCCCUCCCAGAGUGACUAUAGGAUGUAUCUGAAACAUGUGUAGGCUAACUAUAGGAUGUGUUAGUCUGUUAGUGCAAUGGUAUAUUACCUUUUAUAGCCUCAGCUGUAAUACCUGACCACUUGGGUUUUCUGGAGUAGUCUCUACUCCAAAAUACUAGUACUGUAUAAAGCAGGCUAGAGCGCUACAGAAACUGGAAGCUCCAUUAGUACUGUUUCUGCCUUCUCAAAGUUCACGACCCACUGUUUCACUUGAUGGA